AUGUCUGCCGCCAACACCAACACCAACGUGGAUGCUGCCGUUAAUGACGUCGCAAACACUCUGAGCAAUACCUCCAUCAGCAAGCCUGCCGAUGACAAGACGGCCGCCAACGAGGCCGCCUCGGCCAGCGCUGCUGAGGGCCGCCGCCUCUACAUCGGCAACCUGGCCUAUGCGACAACUGAGGGGGAGUUGAAGGACUUCUUCAAGAACUAUCUUGUUGAGUCUGUGUCGAUCCCCAAGAACCCUCGUACCGACCGCCCUGUCGGCUACGCCUUUGUCGAUCUCUCUACUCCUACUGAGGCUGAGCGCGCUAUCGAGGAGCUCUCUGGCAAGGAGAUCCUGGAGCGCAAGGUCUCUGUUCAGCUCGCUCGCAAGCCCGAGCCCGCUGGUGAGAAGACUGAGGGUGCCAACGGUGAGGGUUCUGGCACGGAGGGCUCCCGUCGCCGAGCUUCCGGACGUGGUCGUGGCCGUGGCCGCGGUCGUGCUGGCCGUGCUGGUCGCGGUGGCCGUGCUGACGGUGCUGUUGAGAAGAAGGAGGGCGAGACCGUCGAGGCUGUUGCUGCUACCGACGAUGCUGCCGCUGCAGCUGCAGCACCAGCCACUUCUGAGGUUCAACCUUUGACAGACAUCACAAACAAGAUCGGCACUGACGAGACCACGAAGACCUCAAAGACUCAAGCUGCCCGCCCUCAGCGCGAAGCCCGUGAGCGCCGUGAGCGUGGCCCUCCCGCUGAUGGAAUUCCUUCCAAGACCAAGGUCAUGGUCGCCAACCUCCCUUACGACCUGACCGAGGAGAAGCUUAUUGAGCUCUUCCAACCCUAUGAGCCCUCUUCCGCCAAGAUCGCCCUCCGACCUAUUCCUCGAUUUAUGAUCAAGAAGCUUCAGGCUCGGGGCGAGGCUCGCAAGGGACGUGGCUUCGGCUUCGUCACCCUUGCUUCCGAGGAGCAGCAGCAGAAGGCCGUUACUGAGAUGAACGGCAAGGAGAUUGAGGGUCGUGAGAUCGCCGUCAAGGUGGCCAUCGACAGCCCCGACAAGACCGACGAGGAGGCCAACGCCCCCGAGGGCGAGACCAACGGCCAGCAGGAGGCUGCCGCCACCCCUGCCGCCAGUGCUCCUGCAGUAGUUGAGGCCGCCAAGGCCCCCGCUGCCGCCGCUCCCACUACCACUGCCGCUUAAAUAUUAGGCUGGCAAGUUCCAUGGGCCUGGAGAGACAUCCAGCCUAAAUGAACACACUUACGAUAUGGCAUGCGAUUUCGACGAUUUCUCUUACGGUAGAUUCUUGCUACACGAAUCAAAGAAGAACAAAGGCGUUGCACCUAACCUGGGACCGGGAAGACGUAACCAGCAUUUGUUGGAACUCUUUAGAUCUCGGGAUGGUGUUUUCUGACGGCCUUGACUUUGUUUUCUUGACAUCAUAAUAUCUCCAUAAUCGGAGCCC